UCUUAGGUCGAACACCCUAGCGAGGUUGCAAGCUAUUGCUGAUAUCGGAAUUUGCGAAUACCGAUGAGCAAUAGCUAAGUCAGCCUUUCGGUGGUUCGAACUACGGGGUCGCCGUAGAGAAACGUAGAAUUCAUUCAUUCGUUGAUAGUCAGUGGAAAGUGACAAAGGGUGACAUAUGGUCGGUGCCAUGAAGAGCUUUAUAGCGACUAGAAUAUUUUUUAUUCUUCCCAUGACCAUGUCUCUAGCAGAGGAAGUCGAAAUCAGUACAGGGGUGUACUGGAAAAAGUUACCAGAGACAAUUAAUUAUGAAGCCACCAUUCCCCUUACCUAUUCGACGAGCUGGAGGUCAAACAUGAAGACAGAAAGUGAAAUUAACCCGAUCAACUAUUGUAGCAGAGGAGAAGGAAAAGUCGGAUGUAAAAUAAUCGAUGAGAUGGGGAGACUUUCGACCAUCUAUGAGAGGGAACGUUCAAUGUUGGGACAAAUGGUGGACAGUCAGGUUAAAGCGGGCCACCAAACAAACACAAGAUUUCAAAGGGCGCUGGACUUCAUAGCAAGUUCAUUCGAAUGGUGUUGCGGGUUUGCGACACAACAAAAAUUUAAUAAGUUGGCAAUGACAGAAGGCGAAUUAGCACAACACGUGGAAGAAAUCCAACGAGGAUUAAGCGAAACCUUGAAAAACAUGGGUAAGGAGUCACACGAAUUUGCAGCGUACCAGAAAGAAGCAGCGACCGCUUUUGAAAAGGCGGAGAAAAGGAUGCACAUAAUCGAAAAACUGGCAAUGGACAUGACAAACAACAACAACAUUCACAUGGAGGAGGACGAAAAAUUAAUCACAGCGGCGGUCUACAACACCUAUCUAAAUUUAAAAAGGACCUUGAACAACUUAAGGACGAUGGAAGAAAACGAAAUUGCGACCGCCUGUAAACAACACUUGAUACCUCAGACCAUCUUACCACCAGCAAUUUUGAGAAAAGACCUACAGAAAUUAGCCCUACACAUCCAGCAACACGAUCAGGAACUGGCCAUUCCUAUGAGUAACAUCUGGAUGUUAUACACGCUACCGAUAAGUGAUUGCACACUGACUGGAGGAAACAUAACCAUACAAGCACGAAUCCCAAUCAGAAGAAAAGAUUACACCUGGACUCUGUAUGAGUUAAGUGCACCUUUCGCCUGGUACAACCACACUUGCAGGAUUCAACAUGAGAGCACAUAUGUCGCAAUUUCGAACGGGAAGAAAAUAGAGACGAGAACAAUCUCCGGUGUGAGCCUGCACCACUGUCGACCUUUUGAAAAUAAAUUGUGUUUCCUACCGAGGUUUUCGGCCGAUUCGAUUCAUGGGCCGACGUGCGUAAGAAAAUUAAUCUCAGGGGGGUCAAUCGAAGAAUUAGGAAGUCAUUGUCCUAUGACAUGCAACAGAUCACAAAGAUCACAGAGAUCGAAGAUGAAAUAUUUAUCAUGA